UUUUCAUAAUUUUCAAAUUCAACUGUUUCCAAAUAUAAAUGAAAAGUUAACCAAACUUGCAACAUUUCGAGGUUAUCCAAAUUUCUCGAGGAAUGACGAUAAGUCACGACAAUUGGAAACCCGCGUGGGCACGCGGCAGUAAAUUCGAGGAUAUCAUUUGGAUAGGGAAUGACGUUCUGGCUUGGUGUUCCGGUGUACACAUCGUGUUCUACGACAUCGGGCAGAGGAAGAAGAGUAUCCUUUGGUGCUGGUCCCACGACGUAGGGGAGGGAGUUCGAUGCCUCUCCUCGCACACCAAGUAUCCCGUGUUCGCGUUCGCCGAGAAAACGUCCCAGCCAAAAGUCAUGGUAUACACUUACCCGUCGUUGAUCAAAAUAUCCGAGUGUGUGAACGGGUUCACGAAUCAUUGUCUGACCACCGGAUUCACCGCCACCGAUUACUUGGUCUCGAUCGGCUCCUAUCCGUACUUUAGAUUGAGCGUGUGGAAUUGGAGGACAGGGCAGAAGAUCGCCGCCGUGCAAACCCAUAUACACGACGAGAUUGGCCAGAUCAUAAGGAUCAAUCUGAUCGGGCCUCUCCUCGUUGCCCAAGUGGGGAAAACCUGCGGGGAGGCGUACGUUUGGGAUCUGAUCGUUACCAAGGAAGCCGCUAUUUUGAAAGAGUACGAGUUAAAGCUUCCGAAACACGAGCGAAUCCUGGGCGCGGAUUGGUCCUCGACGUCCACGGAGCCGUUGCUGGCGCUCGUCGACCAAGAAGGCCACAUCUAUCUGAGCAAUUACGACGGGAGUGACAUCUAUCGGAUCAUGGUCGGGCAACGUUGCAACAUUUGUAUAGAGAAGGAUCUGCCUAUAAUCAAGUGGUUCCAGGACGGCCUCAUAUUGCGUACGCCCUACUGUCAGAUAACGUUCUACAAGAAAUUCGCCAGGCUGAACGUGUGGAAGAAGAUGUGGUACGUGAAGACGGAGAGGAAGCCGUAUCUCCUGGUCACGAAUCCGUUUCAGGAUCGCCGAUUUUUCUAUUACACGUACGAGGGGGAAUUGAUAAAGGUGGACAUCACGGAGGAGGACAACAAGCCUGUUGUCUCCAGAUGCUUCGACAACGGAGGUUUGUACCGUUUCGUCGACUUCGUCUAUCCGUGGUGCCAUCAUUUGUUCGCCAUUUGCGACGCGAACAAGGAAUACGUCAUCCUCGAGUGCUACGAGGGGACGCUGAUCUCGAACAUGAUACCGGACGUGGACGACGAGAUACUCUGCCAGACAUCCCACCCCGAACUCCCGUUGAUCGUUUUGGCCACAAAUCGCGGCGAAUUGCACUGCGUCUCCAUCAUCGACCCGGCCAACCCUAAGAUCGUGGCGCGACUCAGGCUCCAACGUACGCCCUUGGACUUCGUCAAGUUCUCCUUGUCCGGAAAGUCUCUGAUCGCAGCCGAGAAAAAGACGGGCAACUGUUACUACGUGAACAUGCAACGGGGGAACAUGUACGACGUGCAAACGUUGAUCAGAGUCGGCCACCCGAUCUCCGACGUUCUGAUAUUCGAAGGGUACAAGAAGCUGCGUAUCCUCGUGUUAUACACGAUCGUGAGGAACGUGGGCCACAGCCUGUUCCUAUACGAGAUCGUGGAGAAUCAAAAUCUGAUCGUCGAGCCGAUCGUCGAGCUGCUUUUGCCCGGCGUGUAUCGGAAUCUCUACCACCUGCCCGGCAACCCGAUGAUCCUCGUCGGGACACCGUACAUGACGCGCCAACUUCGAGUGCAGAAGGUGCAGGAUUUCAAGAACAUCACGUUCGAGGACGGCCUGAUGACAGGCCAUUUCGUGAAACUUGCCAAUUUGUUCGUGGACCGUUGGUGGAUCGUCACCACGGCCGUCGACGGGAUAGUUCACGUGAGGGACAAGACGGUUAGGCGGGAGAUGGCGUGUAUCAAGACCCAUCACAGGGAGGAAUUGGGCACGAAGAAGGCGAUGGCCAACAAACAGGGGGAUCUGAUCAUUGCUCUCGGCUACAACGGCUCGUUGGUAGCCACCAAGUUUUCCACCAAGAAGGACCUGCAAGGAUCGCGUUCCCCCAAGGAGAAACACACGAGCAAAGUGGAGCACAAUCUGUACGAGAGGAUGAGGAAGAAGAUCGAGGUCGACUACGCGAGCCUCGAGCCGACUAUUCACAAUAUUUUGGCGGGCCCGUUGCACGAAUUCCCUGACCCCGAGAAGGAGGGGGACAAGACGUGGACGGAGUGGAGGGACGAGAUGAAGCUGAGGGAGGAGGAGGAGGCGAGCAGGGAGCAGAAGACGGCCCUGUUGAACGAUUUCGAGAAGCUUCGGGAGAAGGUGAGGAAGUUGCUGGACGAGAACGAGGCCAGCACCGAGAUAGAGAAGCUGCCCAUAGCCGCGUUCGACUUGGACAUCAAGGGCAGGGAUCACAAGCUGAAGGUGGGCCGCGACAUUUGCGAGAACCUGCGCCUCGAGUUCGAGCACAACAUAAACGAGACGAAGCGGGUUUCCAAGUGGAUACGAAAGAACUUUUGGGACCCACAGAAGAUAGUCGCCAAGAGUUUGUACGCGAUAUUGGACGAGAUGGAGGUGGUGAAUUAUCCAUCGGUGGCCGAGGACCCGAACGACGCCCUCUUCAUCAAGUACAUACACUUUCACAAGAAGACAGCGUACAGCGUUCUGGAGAACGAUUGGUUCGAGCCUUGGAAAAUUUACACGGAGCAGGAGUUGCAGGUGGAGGCGAGCAGGAAGCACAAUAUAUAUCGGGAGGAGGACAAGAGGAUCGAUCUGUUGAUGAACGAAUGGGAGUUGGAGGACAAGGAGGAGGAGUUGAAGAAGUUUAAGAACGAGGUAGAAGAGCGGAAAGCGGUGAACGGAACAACGACCCACCGAUUCGUCGAGUCGUCCCCUUAUUAUCCCCAAUUCGGCUACUACGGAUUCGCCCAAACGAAGAUAAACAAUCGUUUCUUCAUACACGAUUGCGCCAAGCUUCGAGACUUUUUCAACAUAAAGUUCAACGAGGUAUACGCGUUGAAGGAGAGAGAGAUGAACGUGAUACGCGACAGGAUCGAGAGGAUACGUUACAUCGACUCGGAGUUGAAGAUCAUGUUCAACAAACACGUGCCCCACGUCCCCAGCGAUCCUGUCUGGCACUGGCAGGAGAGGCCGGAGAGCAUCAUCACGGUGAGGAUGGACGAGAUAAAGGCGAAGCCGUACAUCUCCCCGUCCCACAUGGAAAUGUUGAUGAAGCAAGCCGCCGAGGAGGAGCGGAUAAGAAAAUUGUUGCUGGCCGACGACUUUCGGGAGCGAGCCCUGAUGGCGAUGAUGGACGGCGUGCUGGAGGUUCGAUGGGAGGACAUAAUCAAGAUAGACGUACCGAAGCCUCCAUGCAUGCUGGCCAAGAAGCCCGAGGACUACACGUCCGAGGAUAUAUUGGCGGUGAAACAGUACGAGAAGGACGUGCAGUUCCUGAAUGAGGAGCGGGAACGGUAUCACAGGAUGCUGGACGCCGAGUAUUCGAAGGUUAUGGAGCAGUUGAGGGAUGGGAUAGACAGGUUCAACGGGAAAUUGAACGAUCUUUUUCACAUGAAAAUAAACAUCGAGGCAGCGAUCAACCAGUUGAACCUGAGGUACAUGCGGGGCCUGCUCCUGAUCCAUCGUCGUAUAAUCACGUUCGAGGAGGAGACCACGCUGAAGGAGAGGAUCGCGAGGAAGGAGGAUUACGGGAGCGAGAUGGUCGAGCACUUGAAGAUAUUUCGCACGGUUCACCAAAAGGUCACGGACAAGUACACGUCCCUGGUGAACAAGGAGAAGGGGUUCGCGAAGAGGUUCAAGGCCGAGUUCUACCACAUGCACAAGGUGCAGCUGGAGAUCCUGGAGCGGCAGUGCAAUCGGAGGCCGAGGGUGAACCUGAGGAACCUGGACGCGUCCGACUUGUACGAGUUGGCCGAGGACGUGUUGGGGAAGAUGCCCAGCCCGCCCUACCUGCCCCCCGAGUGCAAGGAUUACCUGAGGAUAUUGCACAACUUCGACGCGAGGCCGGUCACAGUGCCGGCAAGCGUAGACGCGGCGAAUUGGGACAACUUGGUGAAGCUUCGACGGGCCAAGAUCAAUUUGGAGCUGAUGAUAAAGGGGGCGCAGACCGAGCUGAUGGACGUGGAGGCGGUGCUGUUCGGUUUCGAGCAGAAGAUGGAGAGGUGCAAGGCCGACGUGGAGGACAUGAGGAAGGAUCUGGUGGAGAAGAGGACCAGGCAGAUGAUGGAGGACCUCGACGUGGAGGUGCAGCUGGUGUUGAAGAUGGGCCAGGUGGAGAUCGACCUCGAGGGGGAACUGACCGACUCGAAGCACGCGGUCCUCGUCUCGAAGGCGACCAUCGACACGGCCAACUCGUACAUCCGGGCAGCGGGCGAGUGCAAGCUCAAGGCUUUGAACGAUCUGUUGAGCUUUCAGAGAGGCACGCUGUUGAAGCAGUGGCAGCACAUGUGCCGGAAGAAGAACCUGGAGGAUCUGAGGGAGGAUCUCCGGUUCACGGAGUCGACCACGGUCACGAAGGAGAUGCAAGGGUAUCUGAAGCGGAAGGCGAAGGGUCUGCCUGACGACAAGACGCCCCAGCAGCUGGACGACGACAUAGAGGCGGUGAAACGGAAAUUCCAGAAGGCGUUGGACGAGGAGAGGGCGCGGCUCGAGGCUGUGGAGAAGGAGAUCGCCUCCCUGAAGGUGAGGAACGAGCAGCUCGACAGGCAGGUACUGGAGAUGAACAUGGCCAGGUGCGACAUGGAGUUGAAGCGCGACAUUGCCGGCGAGGAGAGGCAGAAGGAUCACCUCGAGAGGAAGGUGAAGAUGGUGAUGCACCGCUCCACGCUGAUCAAGAAGCUGCAGGACAAUUACGCGGAGCUCGUCGAGCUGCAGACCGAGCACGAGCUGCUCAGGCUCAAGCGAUACCCGACCUUCCAUUUCAGGAUGCUCGACGAGGAGGAGAACGAGGAGGCGCGGAGGAACGUUCGAACGAAUCUUGCUAAGCUUGCUUUCGUUGCGAUUCGGCGUUUUUUGGGUUUUGGAUGGGUUGGAUGGGUGCUCUUGGACAGGUGGUCCAAGAUCUCGAAUCGAUAA